UCUGUCUCGGAACUCAGUGAAGAAUUUCAGUUGGGGUUCCAUUAUAGGGGCCUUAGCCUGGGGCUUUCCGAGUGCCCUUGGACUGAAGGGUCUUUUGCAGGGUCUCUGGUUUCUCAGACGGGGCUUUCCAGUUCUGAAUUUCCCAAGUGUUUUUAUUUUAAUUUUUCCAAACAGCAGGAGCAGCUCUCUUGACAGACUCCUGAUUAUCUUCCAUAAUUGGGAGGGAUGGGACCCUAAGGUCCCCCCUGAGGCUCUGUCCUGGUCGCGUGGCGCAGGGUUGGGAUGGCUAAUGACAGCAGGGGCGGUCCUCUCUUUUCCGAAUCAGCGGAGGCGGAAACUUGACACUUCGGACUUGGGAGUGGCUCUCUCAGUCUCUGGUGCUUAAAAACUUCAGCCUUGAGGCUCUAUCUCGGCUUGCUGCAUCCAUCCCAUCUCCUUUCCUGGGUCAGUCAGCGAGGACAUCAGCCUCUACUUCGUGGUACUAAUGGCAGCGGAGCCGCUGACCGAACUGGAGACAGCCAUUGAGACUGUGGUCACCACUUUCUUCGAUUUUGCAGGGCGGGAAGGACGAAAAGGCAGCCUAAACAUCAAUGAGUUUAAGGAACUGGUCACUGAGCAGUUGCCUCAUCUGCUAAAGGAUGUGGGCUCUCUAGAUGAGAAGAUGAAGAGCUUGGAUGUGAACCAGGACUCGGAGCUGAAGUUCAACGAGUACUGGAGACUGAUUGGAGAAGUGGCGAAGGAAAUCAGGAAGGAGAAAGCCUUGGAAAUCCAGAAGAAGUAAAGCCUGCUUGUUGGGAUGGGGACCCAGCAUGGCCUGCUGGGCAGAGCCAGGCAGAACUCCACUCCCCUUAAUAAAGCUUUCUUCUUGAAACACA